CGCCGUUCUCGCUCCCCGCGUCGCAGCUGCGCGGCCGGUGGGUCCUGGUUCGGUGCCGCCGCCGCCGCCGCCUCCCGCCCGGAGCCGGAUCCAGGCCGCUCGCAGCGCCCCGGGGACUCGGGCGGCACCGGCGAUGAAAUGACAACGUCAACCCUGCAGAAAGCCAUUGAUCUGGUAACAAAAGCGACUGAGGAGGAUAAGGCCAAGAACUAUGAGGAGGCUCUGCGGCUGUACCAGCAUGCAGUGGAGUACUUUCUACAUGCCAUCAAAUAUGAGGCUCACAGUGACAAGGCGAAGGAGAGCAUCCGGGCAAAGUGCAUGCAGUACCUGGACCGGGCGGAGAAGCUGAAGGAUUAUCUACGCAACAAAGACAAACAAAGCAAGAAGCCUGUCAAAGAGUCUCCAAAUGAUAGCAAGGGGAGCGACAGUGACAGUGAGGGCGAGAAUCCGGAGAAGAAGAAGCUGCAGGAGCAGCUGAUGGGUGCCAUUGUGAUGGAGAAGCCCAACGUGCGGUGGAAUGAUGUGGCUGGCCUGGAGGGUGCCAAGGAGGCUCUGAAGGAGGCUGUGAUUUUACCCAUUAAAUUCCCACACUUAUUCACAGGUAAGCGCACCCCAUGGCGUGGGAUUCUGCUCUUUGGGCCCCCUGGCACAGGGAAGUCGUACCUGGCCAAGGCCGUGGCAACCGAGGCCAACAACUCCACGUUCUUCUCCGUGUCAUCCUCGGACCUGAUGUCGAAGUGGCUGGGAGAGAGCGAGAAGCUGGUGAAGAAUCUCUUUGAGCUGGCAAGGCAGCACAAACCCUCCAUCAUCUUCAUCGACGAGGUGGACUCUCUGUGCGGCUCCCGCAAUGAGAACGAGAGCGAGGCUGGCCGCAGGAUCAAGACGGAGUUCCUGGUGCAGAUGCAGGGUGUUGGUAAUAACAAUGACGGGACCCUGGUCCUCGGUGCCACAAAUAUCCCCUGGGUCUUAGACUCGGCCAUUAGGAGAAGGUUUGAGAAGCGCAUCUACAUCCCGUUGCCGGAGGAGGCAGCCCGAGCCCAGAUGUUCAGGCUGCACCUGGGGAACACACCACGCCACCUGACAGAGGCCAACAUCCACGAGCUGGCCAGGAAGACGGACGGCUACUCGGGAGCCGAUAUCAGCGUCAUCGUGCGUGAUGCUCUCAUGCAGCCUGUCCGCAAAGUGCAGUCGGCCACACACUUCAAGAAGUCCCCCAGGCCAGUCUCAGAGGACCCAUGGCAGAGGCCCCCGUGGGUGGUAGGGGAGUCAGCCCUGGCAUCUGCCCUCUCAGUGCACCUCCUCUCUGGCAUGCUGCAGGUGCAAGGCCUGUCUCGAACCAAUCCCAGCAUAACCGUAGAUGACCUCCUGACCCCAUGCUCGCCUGGAGACCCUGAGGCCAUUGAGAUGACUUGGAUGGAGGUGCCUAGUGACAAGCUGCUGGAGCCAGUGAUCUGCAUGUCAGAUAUGCUGCGCUCACUGGCCACCACCCGCCCCACCGUGAACGCUGAGGACCUCCUGAAGGUGAAGAAAUUCUCAGAGGACUUUGGACAGGAAGGUUAAAAGCUUCUGCCAUGGGGCAUGUGGUGGGGGGGCUGGCAGGGCGCCCCUUGCAGCGGCAGUGUGUACGCUUGCAAAGCCCUAGUGCUGGCAGGCGGACGGUGCCAAGUGGAGGCUGAUGUUCAGCUCCUACUAAACCCACCUCUCUGGGCCCCCAGCUGGCACAUUAUGCAGCAGAACUGCCCUGCCAGCCUGGCCGGCACAUGGAAGGGGCUGAGCAGAGCCCAGGGGCCACCCAGACCCACCCCCCCUGGUGCCCCGACUCUCCUUCCCGCUUUUUUUUUUUUAAAUUUUUUUAAAUUAAUGCUGCUUGUUUUGUCUUGUUUAUAC